UAUAAAUACUGGGUUUAUUGUGCUCAGGAGUCAGUUAAGUUUGAAUCAUAAUCGUCUUUCUGUCACUCACACCAGAUUUGCGAUGAAGUUUUUUAUACUUUGUGUCAGUUUCAUUGCUAUUUCAGUCAUUGAGGCAAAUCCUGUUCAACAAUCAAUAUGGUUGUCAAUAAUAAAUUCUGAUCUUGAAGACAAUCAGGUUAAAAAUAUUGGACGACCAGUUUCUUCAGUUUUAUUACCAGGGUUACCUCAAAUUCAAUCACCAGUUUUGCCUCCUGUUCAACCACCAGUUCAACCGCCAGUCUUACCUCCAGUUCAUCCAAAUGAACCAAAUGAUCUAAAGAAAUUAAAUCAUAAGCCAGAUCAUCAUAAGCCAACUUCUGAAAAACCACACCCUCAUCCUCAUCCUUACCCUCCAAAACCAACUGACUCUCUCCAUCCUCAACCUUUAAGUCAACGACCACCAAAACCAACUGGAUCUCAUCAUCCUUCAAGUGAAAGACCACCAAAACCAAUUGGUUCAACAAUCCCCUCUUCAAGUCACCGUCCCCCAAAACCAACUGGAUUUCCUCAUCCUUCAAGUGAAAGACCACCAAAACCAACUGGGUCACCAAUCCCUUCGUCGAGUCAACGUCCGACAAAACCAACAAAUCUCCCACCACUAUCAACAACUGAAGAACCAUCAUCAGCAACUACUUCAGCAGCUGUUGUGAGUUCAGAAGCCGUUGUAAGUUCAGAAGCAACUACUUCAGAAGCCGUUGUAAAUUCAGAAGCAACUACUAUUGCCCUUGAAACUAUAACUGUAAUCGCUUCAAAAUAAUUAAUUUUAAUAAAUUUUGGUUAGCAAUACCUUGGA